AACCCAAAUUCCCUCUCCUUUUGUCGAAGAAGCUGCGGAGUUGCAGAGAGAGAGAGAGAGAGAUGGCGAGUGAAGAGGAGAGCGCGGUGAAGGAGCCGUUGGACCUCAUACGGCUCAGCCUUGACGAGCGCAUCUACGUCAAGCUCCGCUCCGAUCGCGAGCUCCGCGGCAAGCUCCAUGCAUAUGAUCAGCAUCUGAAUAUGAUUCUUGGUGACGUUGAGGAGGUUGUUACCACAGUGGAAAUCGAUGAUGAAACUUACGAGGAGAUAGUUCGGACCACGAAGCGCACGGUUCCGUUCCUCUUUGUUCGAGGUGACGGUGUCAUAUUGGUGUCUCCUCCUCUAAGGACAGCGUGAUCUAAGAACAGAGGCACGACCCUGAGGUUUUGGUUCACUCCAGAGGGGCCAGUUAUCGUAGCAAUCCCAGUUCCCUGAUUUACAUUCUAUGCAAGCUGUACUGAAUUCCCGGUGUUCCUCACCACUGUUUUGUUUUAGUAAUGGUAUGGUGUGGAGCCAUCUUGCUACUCUCCGUGUAAUCAGUAGAAUUGUUUUCUUCCAUUUUUUACAAGUCGGAAGCUCCUGUCAAACUGCUGUCCGCUUAAGUUUCACCUGCUGUGAUUCUUAUUACUACGAUGAAACUUCAUGUUGGGCUUCCUGAUUUGGCGUCUGAAAAGGAUACAGUUGGAGAA